AUGUCUGUCGCCCGGGUGACUGAAUGGCGCAAACUGCCUCUUAGUCUGACUGAGUUGUGUAUCGACACGACUUUGCGAUGUGGCCAAUCGUUCCGUUGGCGCAAGAUCAAGAAUGAAUGGUGCUGUACACUAUACGGCCGAAUUUUGUCGCUGAAGCAAGAUCCAACUCACCUGCAUUACAAGGUCACUUGGCCUGCGAAGCCAUCUUAUCCGCUCACGCCCCCGGUGGUUGACAACGAACUCGACGGCGACGACACCGAGAAGCUGCUGCGGCACUACCUGAGUCUCAAGCUAGAUCUUAAGUCUCUGUACGAGCAAUGGUCCGCGGCAGAUCCGAAUUUUCGCAAGAGGGCCCCUGAAUUCGGCGGCGUCCGCAUGCUGAGCCAAGAUGCAUGGGAAGCCCUGAUUUGCUUCAUUUGCAGUAGCAACAACAAUAUUUCGAGGAUAUCACAGAUGGUUCACAAGCUCUGUAUACAUUAUGGACCGCUCAUAGGCCAUAUUGGAGAUGAGCCGUUCCAUGACUUUCCACCACCCGAAGCCCUAACGGGUAGCUCGGUAGAAGCGCAUCUGAGAGAGCUCGGCUUCGGCUAUCGGGCGAAGUAUAUCGCGCAGACGGCGUCGAUCAUUGUGAAUGACCGGCCCAGGGGCUGGUUCGAGGGCCUGACGAACCCCGAGAACCCAUGCUUCAGAAAGACGCCAGAAGGCUCUCGGUUGCCUCAAAGCACGUAUAAAGAGGCACACGAGAAGCUCCUCCAACUAGCCGGCGUCGGGCCCAAGGUAGCCGACUGCGUCUGUUUGAUGGGACUGGGUUGGGGCGAGGCUGUGCCGGUGGACACGCACGUCUGGCAAAUCGCCCAGCGGGAUUACAAGUUUGGCAAGACCAAGACCAAGACGUUCAACAAGCCCAUGUACGACGCCGUAGGGGACCACUUCAGAGAGCUGUGGGGUAAGUAUGCGGGCUGGGCGCACUCAGUUCUAUUCACAGCGGACUUGAAGACGUUUUCCGAGCGGACAGUGAAGAAAGAAGAGGAGGGAGAGGGGGUGACGGCGAAGAGGGAGGCUACUGGUGACAAAGACGCGCCGGUUCUGGGGACGAAGCGCAAGGUCGUGAAGGCGAAGGUGGAGGUCGAUGUUGAUCACGAGGUGCCACGGACGGCGUCUUUGGAGUCGUCGCCGAAGAGAAGGAGGACUCGGUCACAAUCACGAAAGACGACCUGA